AGUUUGAAACUUACAUCAAGGAUGUUGUACGUUAAACUCAAAGUUGUAUAUUUGAUUUUACUGUUUGUGAAAAUUUCAAAGGCUCAGUACGACUAUGGCGAAACUACAGAGCCGGCCGACUACCCAUAUCCAGUGGAUUACGAUUACGAAACUCAACCAACAGAUACGCAGGCCCCUGAAGAAACGCCAGCCGCAACAGUUUUGCCGAAUGGUGGAGUUGACCCCGGGCUUGAAGUGACAACUAUUGUCGAUUACAGUAACUACGAUGUGAUCACCGAACCACCAAUAGUGGUCAAUCCUACAACUACUCGUCCAUGUAACCGGGUUCCAAAAAUGAUAAUUAAUUGGUAUCUAUUGGGUCACAAGACAAAGACACCAGUUCGUCGUAAUGUUCAACCAAUGCGACGUCCAUCAGCUGGCUAUGGAAUGCCCUGGAGCAGCUUUUACGGCUACAAUCGUAGUAGAUACGUUGUCCGGAAACGUCCUGCUGCUAGACAUAUUUCAUCUGGAGGUAGCUCUUCUGGCAGAGUGGUUCGGUACUUUUGGCGUGUGUGAUAAGGAUUUGUUUUUGGCUUUAAAACGAGCAAUAUUAAGCACAUAAUAAAGUAAAUAAUAACUUUGA